UUAAUAGAAAAUCAGUCAACGCGACGACAUUACUCGCGAACAUGCCUUUUACGUUAGCGCUACUCAUAAUCGCGUGCAGUCUCGUGUAUUAUUAUUGCACCCGAACAUUCAAUUUCUGGAAGGACAAAAAUGUGAAAGGACCAAACCCGAUACCGCUUUUCGGAAAUUUUAUUGAAGUGUUUUUGAGAAGAAAGCAUGUUGGUAUACUCUACAAUGAUCUCUACAAGGAAUAUAAAAAUGAGAAAGUUGUUGGUUUAUUCAGAAUGAUAUCUCCUACUUUGCUAGUUCGAGACUUAGACAUAGUGAAACAAGUGUUGAUAAAGGAUUUUGAGUUGUUACCUGACCGAGGUUUGUACUACAGUAAGGAGGCUUUGGGGGAUAAUCUUUUUCAUGCCACCUACGAUGUGUCGAAAACAAUCAGGAAGCACGUGACUUCGAUCUUCACUUCUCGCAAGUUUAGAAAUAACUUCGAUUUAUUUGUUGAUCGCGCUGACAAGUUCCUCGAUUACCUAGAAAAUAAAACGAUGAAGAAGUCAGAAUUCGAAGUGCUGCCUAUAUUUCGGAAGUACGCCGUGGAUUCUAUAAUGAUUGCGUUUUGUGGAUUGGACGUGAAAGCUUAUGAUGAUGAUAAUCCACUCUGUGACUUCAUGGAUGCACAAAUUCAGACUCCAACUUAUUUCAUUGAAAUGGAACUGUUAUUCCCCGGUACGUUGGCGAAGUGGAAUCUAUCGGCAUUUCCAAAAAGUGUUCGAGAAUUUUGUCAGCAAGUGGUUCGAACUGGCAUCUCUAAUGUCGCUAAAGAAGAUUCAUUGAAUGUAAAGAACAACCUAAUAGACGUCAUAGCAGAGUUACUUAAAGACAAUAAAGUUGCAAAGGAAGGCGAAGAUAGCUUUAUGCAAGUAACGGAGGAUAUGUUAAUUGGUCAGGUCUUUAUAUUUUAUUUUGCGGGAUAUGGGAAUAAUUCGCUAGUGACGACUUAUGCAUUAUAUCACUUGGCGCAAAACCCUGAAGUGCAAGAUAAACUGAUUGCUGAAAUUGAUGAAGUCCUAGAAAAAUAUGACGGGAAGUUAACUUACGAUGCUUUUAGAGAAAUGAAGUACCUGCAGAUGGUGUUUGAUGAAACUAUAAGAAUGCAUCCUCUUACUAAUUCUAUAACUAGAAAUGUACGUACGGAUGUCAAAAUUGAAGGAAUGGAUUUAGUGAUUCCUAAAGAUACAAUAGUAGUGGUUUCUCCUUAUGCUAUACAGCAUGAUGAGAAAUAUUAUCCGGAACCAGAAAAGUUUGAACCUGAGAGGUUCUCUCCAGAAAAUGUGAGACAAAGGCAUCCCUGCGCUAUGGUGUCUUUUGGAGCUGGACCAAGGAGUUGUCUUGGUUCGAGAUACGCACACUUACAAUUCGGGAUAUGUAUGGCGAAACUCCUAUCGAAAUACCGAGUGGAGGCGACUGAAAAUACCGUGAAAACAAUCGACUACACUGCAAUGCGGCUGUUACUUACUCCAAGUGAUAGGAUAUACCUAAGACUAGUUCGUAGAAAUAGACAGUAAUUAUUUAUAACUUAUAAAUAGCUUAAUUAUAAAUAGCUUUAACUAUCAACCAAAUGAAAUUACAUUAAAUCUGAUUAAGUUAUAA